AUGAAGCGCCUCAGCCUCGACCCGACACAGGAGCGCCCAGCGACCAGGGACGACUCUAGCAACCAGCCCACCACUUCCCUCCCUCCACCGAAGGCGACGAAGGUAUCAACCGGUGAAAAGACAGAUGGAAGCAUCUACUUUAUUGGGAAUGCGACUGUUCUUCUCGAAUGGCAGGGUAUCCGAAUCAUGACCGACCCGAACUUCCUGCACGCUGGCGACCACGUCCAUCUCGGCCCUGGAGUCACGGCCACCAGGGUGAAAAACCCAGCCGUCGACCUGCACGAGCUUCCUCGCGUCGACGCUGUCCUUCUGAGCCACUACCACGAGGACCACUUCGACCGACUCGUCGAAGACUCGUUGAGACGAGACCUACCUAUCAUCACCACCCCUCACGCCCACCACCACCUGGCAGAAGCCAAACCCGGGGGCGAAGCCUUCACCUCCGUCUACUCCCUCGACUUCUUCGAAUCCCUCUUCAUCGACUUCAAGAACCAGUCCGCCGCCUCCGGUGCGAAACAACCAUUGAUCAAGGUUACCGGAAUGCCAGGAAAACACGUACCUCCCGGUCCAGCGCACAUCCUUUCAGCCGCAAACGAGUUGUUGGGAAUGGUCCCGCCUACCAACGGAUGGAUGGUGGAACUCGGGUACGCCUCCGGCCCCGCUGUGGCUCACGAAGCCAACUUUUUUUGCGGGUACCGCAUUUAUAUCAGCGGCGAUACCCUGUUGGUCGACGAGCUGAAGGAAAUUCCGGAGAGGUAUAAGGACCAGAAGAUUGACUUGAUGCUCGUUCAUCUCGGCGGUACCUCGAUUCCAAGCGCCAACUUGCCCUUGAUGAUGGUGACGAUGGACGCUACACAAGGUCUUCAGCUCGUUCAAAUGAUAAACCCCGACGUUACCAUUCCAAUCCACUUCGACGACUACGACGUCUUCAAGAGCCCGCUGGAGGAUUUCAAAAACGCCAUGGAGAAGGCUGGGUUGAGCGACAAAGUCGUUUAUCUGGAUCGAGGGGAUAGCUACCGGUUCCCAGUUUCUCAGAAUGCACGUCCAGUCCAACAGAACUAG